UUCUUAAAAAAAAUACCUAUCAACUUCCUUUUUCUUUUCAAGCACAGGUGUUCAAGGCUUUGACAUUCUUACAUUCAGUAAAAUGGGCAGACACAAUACUUUGCAGAGGUUUUGACUGAACCAAAUGAUGAAUUCAUCACCAUCACAAUGGUAAUUUGAAUAAAGCAUGCCAGAAUCCGUCCCUAUGAAAAGCCUCAGACGUUGAGACAUCCUGAUUAGAUGUUGAUUCGGAUACCAAAUGAUGAUCACCCUCCAAAGGGUGUGUACUUAUUACAGCGACUAUUCCCUUUGACACACCUACAAUAGUGUUAGCACAAUUGUUUUAGUGAUCUGCCAUGGUCAAAAUCGGGACAAAGUAUUAAUGCGAUCAGAUCGAUUUCCAAGAAAAAAUGGCUUACAAGUUCUAUCAUCGCUUCUCAGCGGCUGAUUUUCAGCGCUACAGGGAAUUCUUUCCGAAAUUCGAACACGAAUCUUCGAGGGAUGGUUUCGCCGGGUCGAGAAACACAGCCCAAUCGGAAGCCGCUGCUAUGCAAGGCAAGACAGCAGACGACAAAACACGUGAUAAAUUCACGACACGAAAUAAAUUCUGGGGACAGAGAUGUAACAACAUAAAUGCCCUCCCAAUCCCGCCAAAUUCUUAUGACGACGACGAUGAUGACACUCAAACUCCUCUGAUACCAUCGACGACUUUGUCCGCCGUUUCAACCACGUCCUCGACUACCUCAUCGUCCUCGUCAUCGGAUUCAUCGCCGUCGGAGAGCUCGAGAGCGAGACGGAGGAAGACCAGCCGACCGAGGAGAAGUCCAAAGAGAAAUGAUCCCAAAUUUAAAGGAGUUACAUUCUCCAUGGAGACUGCCAUUUCACAUGGAAAACAGGAAGCAAGGCUCACGAUCAAGUCACAACUUAGCAUUCGUCGCUAUCGUCGUAUGUUGACAAAGCGCUCCAUGACAGGAUGGCGAAGGGUACUUCAUCGGGGAUUCUAUUUCCAUGGCAACUCACAAACUGGAGGCCGCACCCUGUCCGACUCGAGCUCAUCUGAAACUGAUAGUGAUACCGGACUUGGAAGGAUGAGAUCGAAAGCCUUCAAAUCGGUAUCGAACAAGAAGAGAGUGUUGCCACUUCUUUUUGUUACGUCAUUGAGUCAGCCACCCAACACUGCCGCUAAAGUUGGACGUCAUUCUGGUAGAUUGCCGCCACAUACGAUACCGGACCCGUUAAAGGCUCAUGGAAAAACUUGCGAGUCUUGUAAAACA